UUCUCAACAGAGGAGUGUGUGUACCAGGAUGAAGUGGAAUGUGGUGGUGAACAAGAAGAGUUUCAGGUGGAGCAGCUCAACAAUGGAAAGUUCCAGACUUCCUUCCCUGUGGCAAACACCUACAUUUCAUACAUCAUUGGAUCUAAAGGUGCCACCAAGAAGAGGAUUGAAAGUGAAACUUAUACAACAUUAAGAUUCCCGGGGAAAGGUCAACCAGGUGAUAUUGUAGUGACUGGUAAGGAUGUGAAGACAGUUCGGCAAGCACGCCUCAAGAUAGAGCUGUUAGUCGAGCAGGCACGCAAAAAGUCACCGUUUACCCAUUUUCUUUCUAUCCCUCUGAAUAAACCUGCAAUACAAGAAAAAUUUCUUGAGUUUAAGAAAGAAGUGCUAGAGAAGUGCGGAGAUUGCCGAGGCGUUGAUGAGUCAAUUUUUCAAGAGCCUGCCAAACUUCAUCUAACACUGUGUGUCAUGGUGUUAGCAGAUGAACGUGAGCGCCGGCAAGCUCUGGAAGCACUGGCUAAAUGUCCAGAAAAUGUUUUAAGGAAGUAUUUAGCUGAAGAGAAACUCAGGGUGGAAAUGAAAGGCAUCGAGUACAUGAAUGAUGACCCAGGUGAGGUUGAUGUUCUGUACGGCCGCGUCAAUGCCCUAAGUUGGUCUCAUUCACUCCAGACUAUUGCUGAUUCCCUUGUGGAUGAGUUUCUUAAAGCUGGUGUGGUGAACAAACAGUAUGAAAGAGUAAAGCUUCACGUGACGUUGAUGAACACACUUUUCCGUCACGAUCGAGAUGGUGUUACAGACACAAAAGCUGGAAGAGAUAGAGAGUCAUUCAAUGCACGACAAAUCUUGGAGGUUAGUGCAUCAUUCCUAUGCUUUAUGCUGUGUCUGAACCAGUCUCUGAUGCUGUGUCUGAACCAGUCUCUGAUGCUGUGUCUGAACCAGUCUCUGAUGCUGUCUGAAUCAGUCUCUGAUGCUGUGUCUGAACCAGUCUCUGAUGCUGUGUCUGAAUCAGUCUCUGAUGCUGUGUCUGAACCAGUCUCUGAUGCUGUGUCUGAACCAUUUCUGAUGCUGUUGUCUGAACCAGUCUCUGAUGCUGUCUCUGAAUCAGUCUCUGAUGCUGUGUCUGAAUCAGUCUCUGAUGCUGUGUCUGAAUCAGUCUCUGAUGCUGUGUCUGAAUCAGUCUCUGAUGCUGUGUCUGAAUCAGUCUCUGAUGCUGUGUCUGAAUCGGUCUCUGAUGCUGUGCCUGAACCAGUUCUGAUGCUGUGUCUAAACCAAUUUCUUAUGCUAUAUGUGAACUAG